UCUCCAAUGGUGGGGGACAGGAGAGGUAAGUUAGAUGGUCCAUGCUGCCUCACAACCCACUCUUUGGAAAUAACCCAGUCCUAAAUGAGAUAGCAGUUGCUUCUCACAGGAAAAAAAAAAAAAAAAAAAAGCUCUCCCUUCUGGGCUAGCAAGGCUUUCAAUGACAUCUGAGAGCAGUUUGUGACCAGCAGGCAUGGGAAACAGCUCUCUUUGGGAUGAUCUGAACAGCACCUGCAGCAACACGGGCAACAGCUGCUACCUGGACAACAGCUUGAGGUUCAACUUUACCUUCCAAGAGCAGGCAGCCGAUUUCUACGUCGUCCUCCCCGUGAUUUACUCGGUCAUCUGUGCCGUUGGGCUCACGGGCAACACCGCUGUCAUCUAUGUGAUCCUCAAGGCCCCCAAGAUGAAGACUGUGACAAACAUGUUCAUCCUGAACCUUGCUAUAGCUGACGACUUGUUCACACUUGUCUUGCCCAUUAAUAUUGCUGAGCACCUCCUCCACUACUGGCCCUUUGGAGAAGUCCUCUGCAAAGUCAUCUUGUCCAUAGACCACUACAAUAUCUUCUCCAGCAUUUAUUUCCUAACAGUGAUGAGCAUAGACAGGUAUCUGGUAGUACUGGCCACAGUCAGGUCCAAGAGGAUGCCACAUCGUACAUACCGAGCAGCCAGGAUUGUCAGUUUGUGCAUCUGGAUCCUAGUCACCAUCAUAGUUCUCCCUUUCAUCAUCUUUGCCAACGUCUACAUAGAUGACCUGGAGAUCAAGAGCUGUGGCCUCAAUUUCCCCAAGCCUGAGAGAUUUUGGUUCAAAGCCAGCAGGAUCUAUACCCUCAUCCUUGGCUUUGCCAUUCCCGUAUCCACCAUCUGCAUCCUCUACACCAUGAUGCUCUGCAAACUAAGGAACAUGCACUUGAACUCUAAUGCUAAAGCCCUGGACAAAGCCAAGAAGAAAGUCACUAUCAUGGUCUUCAUAGUCCUGGCUGUGUGUCUCUUCUGUUGGACCCCCUUCCACUUGGCCACCAUCGUGGCUUUGACCACUGACUUGCCCCAGACCUCCGUGGUCAUUGGUAUAUCCUACUUCAUCACCAGCCUCAGUUAUGCCAAUUCAUGCUUGAAUCCUUUCCUGUACGCUUUCCUGGAUGACAGCUUUCGGAAAAGUUUCCGGAAGAUGUUGGAAUGCAGAACUUCUUGAACAGCGGGUUGGGGCUCACAGAUCCCUCCCCUCCCACAGCUUUGCAGGGGCAACUUUGCCAACUGAAGGGGUGGCUAACGAAUGAGCAAUGGGGGUUUUUUUCUUUCAUUUACAUGUAACGUAUGUGUGUGUUCAUCUUCAUAAAUAUGGUUUGUCCGGCUUACCUGC